UCCCUACGAAUACUGAAACAGAGCAAAAGCUUCAAACCCAUCAUUCAUGGCGAAUACAGUAGCACAACUCGUCUUCAUCCCUGUUCCAGGGGUUGGUCACAUAAUGUCCACCAUUGAGAUGGCAAAAGUAUUCGUGAAUCAUGAUGAAAGGCUCUCCAUAACCGUUCUUCUAAUAAACCCUCCUUAUUCUGCUUUUGCUCUCACAACCUACAUCAAAUCGUUACAUAAUAAGGCUAUAGAACGAAUAGUCUUCAUUGAACUCCCACAAGAUGAAACCUUACCAAAGCUUGACCCCAAAGCUCCCAUGACUUCUUUCUAUGAGUUCAUCAAUAGUCAUUCAAAACAUGUCAGAAAUGUCGUUGCUGACAUGAUAAGUCGACCAGAUUCCAAUCCGGUGGUCGGGUUUGUGCUCGAUAUAUUCUGCACUGGCAUGAUAGAUGUGGCGAAUGAGUUUAAUGUCCCAAGCUACGUAUUCUUCACAUCAAACGCAGCUUUUCUUGGCUUUAAGUUGUACAUCGAGACCCUUGUGGUUCAAAACCAAGAUGUUUUCGAGUUGAGCAACUCAGAUGGCGAGAUGCUCAUUCCAACCUUCGUGAAACCAGUUCCGACGAACGUUUUUCCGGUGGUGUACCAAACUCAAGAAGGUCUAGACUUUCUGAUGCAUUCUGUUCGGAAAUUGAGAGAGGCUAAAGCUCUCAUUGUUAACACUUUCUUGGAGUUAGAAACACAUGCAAUCAAGUCUUUGACUUCCGAGAGUAGCUUCCCACCUGUGUAUCCGGUUGGGCCUGUACUGAAUCUACAUGGUGUUGCCGGAAAAGAACACGACAGUGAUGACGUCUUCGGUUGGUUGGAUGAUCAGCCACCUUCCUCGGUGGUGUUCUUGUGUUUCGGGAGUAUGGGAUGUUUUAAGGAGGUUCAAGUGAAGGAGAUAGCAUACGCUUUAGAGCAAAGUGGCCAUCGUUUUGUUUGGUCUUUGCGUCGACCUCCUCAAAUGGGUAAAUCAUUUGAAGUACUCCCCGGUGAUUAUGAAGAUCCGGGAGUGGUGUUGCCGGAUGGUUUCUUGGAGCGUACUAAGGGAAAAGGGAAAGUGAUUGGUUGGGCACCGCAGGUGUCAUUGUUGGCUCAUGAAGCAGUUGGAGGAUUCGUCUCUCACUGUGGGUGGAACUCGAUGCUAGAAAGUUUGUGGUUUGGUGUACCAACAGCGACAUGGCCAAUGUAUGCCGAACAACAGAUGAAUGCGUUUGAAAUGACGAUAGAGCUGGGAUUAGCUGUAGAGAUUAAGUUAGACUAUAAGAACAAUGUGUUUAAUCCUCAAGAUGAUAUGGCCAUUCUUAUGGCGAAUGAUGUUGAGAGAGGGAUAAGGCGGGUUAUGGAGGAUAAGGAGUUGAGAGAAAAAGUGAAAGAAAUGAGCAAAAUGAGCAGGGCUGCGGUUACUGAGGGUGGUUCGUCGUUUUCUUCGGUUGGUUGUCUGGUUCAUGAUUUUAUAAAUAAUACAAUAUGAAUUUCACGUUAGUAAAUUGAGUACGGUAUGAACUUGACGCUGCAAUUUUACGAAUUUCAUGCAGAUAUGCAAUAUUGUAAUUGAGUAAAAGCUGUUCUACCUCUUGUGGUAAUCUAAUUAAGAAAUAGAAGUUCUUUCUUCAAAUAA